UGCCAGUCAUGGCAUCUGGAGAGGACAGUCCUAUCUUUGAAGAUGACGAAAGGUCUCCUUAUAACCUAGAAAAAAUGACGGAUCUCGUAGCUGUUUGGGAGGUUGCUUUAAGUGACGGAGUCCACAAGAUUGAGUUUGAACAUGGAACCACGUCAGGCAAACGUGUAGUAUAUGUAGAUGGAAAGGAGGAGAUAAGGAGAGAGUGGAUGUUCAAAUUGGUGGGCAAAGAAACCUUCUACGUGGGGGCUGCCCAGACAAAGGCGACUAUAAACAUAGAUGCCGUCAGUGGAUUUGCGUAUGAAUAUACCCUAGAAAUCAAUGGGAAAAGCCUCAAAAAGUAUAUGGAGAGCAGAUCAAAAACCACCAACACGUGGAUACUGCACCUGGAUGGUGAGGAUUUUAGAGUCGUACUGGAAAAAGACACAAUGGAUGUCUGGUGCAAUGGCAAGAAAAUGGAGACAGCAGGUGAGUUUGUGGAUGAUGGAACUGAAACUCACUUCAGUAUCAGGAACCAUGACUGUUACAUCAAGGCCGUCAGCAGUGGGAAGCGAAAAGAAGGGAUUAUCCACACUCUCGUUGUGGAUAACAGAGAGAUCUCAGAAGUUCUUGCGUGA